AAAAAGGCGCCAUCAAUAUAUAAACCCUUAACCAGAACAGUGAGCAAGAGCAGCCAUGGGAAGAGCUCCAUGUUGUGACAAAGCAAACGUGAAAAGAGGACCAUGGUCUCCUGAAGAAGAUGCUACUCUCAAACGCUACGUUGAGAAUCAUGGCACUGGUGGUAACUGGAUUGCUUUGCCUCAGAAAGCAGGCCUUAAACGAUGUGGCAAGAGUUGCCGUUUACGGUGGCUUAAUUACCUCAGGCCUGACAUCAAACAUGGGAAUUUCACUGCAGAUGAAGAUCAGAUUAUAUGUACUCUUUAUAGUCAAAUGGGAAGCAGGUGGUCGAUCAUAGCUUCUCAUCUACCUGGAAGAACUGACAAUGACGUGAAAAAUUAUUGGAAUACCAAGCUAAAGAAGAAGCUACUUGCAGGAAAAAUAAGCCUCAUCACAAACAGGAGUAACAAGUUCCCAACUAGCAAUCCCACUGCUUCUGCUUUUCUUGACUCAACACCUUCAUUGCCUUCUGUACCAAAACCUGAACCCUAUGAUACCGAAUUUUCAGCUUCACAAACUCAGAUUUCUUCACCACUAUACCCAGUGUUAGGUGAUAAUGGCUAUGGAAUGACUGUCAAUACUCAAAGCAUAAGUACUUUAGACCCAAACCAUCAUCAGUUUGGUUGCAUUUCUGAAUUUGGUGGUACAAGCUUGAAGAACAGUCCCAUUGUUACAUCAUCUUCUCAAGAGGGUUCAUGUGCUUCAGAAUCGAAUUCUCUUGCCAUGGACAACAGCGGUUACAUGGAUUUCAGCUUUGGAGUUCCUCAUGAGUUUGUGAGUAAUGGGUUUUGGUUUCAACAGAAAGCUGGUCAUGAUCAUCAUCAUGAAGUGCCUCUAGUCUGGUAUCCAAACUUAGAUGAUUCUUCAUAUGCUGACAUAAAGCCACGAGGACUGAAUCAAAGUGUUAUUAACCAAUAUUGAAAGUGAGAGACAGCUAAUUAAUAUAAUGUAGAGAGACUUUCUUCUCAACAUUCAAAUCAUGCAUGUUUGUAUGCAUGGUUUAUAUAUGACAUUAAUUCAAGAGAAAGAUAUAUGGAAUUUUUAGUUAUUGUGAUCAUGAA